GAACAGCUGAUAGGUCGGCGUGCGUUGCAUUUUGUUUGUGGUUUUUUGGUUGAAAAGAAAGCGUUCAAUUGCAGUGAAAAGUUUGCAAAAGUCGAAAUCGAAAUCGUUAAUGCUCUGCCGAGAUGGGGGAGCUGCAGCAAUUGGAGUAUCUGUCGCUGGUCUCGAAGAUCUGCACAGAGCUCGAUAAUCACUUGGGCAUCAAUGACAAGGACCUGGCCCAGUUCAUCAUCGAUUUGGAGAACAAGAAUCAAUCGUACGAUGCCUUCCGCAAGGCUCUGCUCGAGAACGGCGCCGAGUUUCCAGACUCCCUCGUCCAAAAUCUGCAGCGCAUCAUCAACUUAAUGCGGCCCAGUCGGCCGAGAGGCGGGAGCGAAGAGAAUAUCGGCUCUGGCAGCAGCAAAGAUGACAAGAAAUCGCAGCUGAUGAAAAUGUUCCCUGGCCUGGCCCUGCCCAACGAUAAAUACAGCCAGAGCGAGGGCCAGGACGAGGAAGCCAAGGAAAAGCAUUCGGUUGGCAAAAAGACAGACCUGAGUGACGUGGACGCGGCCAUGAUGGGCAAGACCGAUGAUAAGAAAGAGAUUAAGGAAUCGAGAGAACGACCCCACAAGCGAAGGGAACGCAGCAGAAGUCGCGAGAAGGACAGGGAUACUCGGAAGCGGAGCAGAUCUCGCGAGGAUAGGAAUAGGGAGCGCCGCAGGAGCAAAUCACGCGAGGACCGGCAUAGGGAGCGUCGCAGGAGUAGAUCUCGUGACAAAGAACGCCGCAGACGCAGCAGAUCACGCGAGCAUCGCGAUCGGGAACGGGAACGCCGCCGAAGCAGGUCCCGCGACGAUCGCGAGCGAGAUCGUGGUCGCCGCAGGUCCAGCUCUCGAGACCGCCACGAGCGUCGACAACGCAGUCGGUCGCGCUCUGGCGACCGUGGCGAUCGCCGCCAGGAGAAAAUGCCGCCCCCCAGCACAGUGAUGGCCGACGAUCCCGAGGAUGGCAAGAUCUACUCCGGCAAGGUGGCCAACAUUGUGCCCUUCGGGUGCUUUGUCCAGCUCUUCGGACUGCGCAAGCGCUGGGAGGGGCUGGUGCACAUCUCGCAGCGGCGAGCCGAGGGCAGGGUCACCGACGUGACCGAAGUGGUGGUCCGCAAUCAGACCGUGAGGGUCAAGGUGAUGUCACUGACGGGUCAGAAAGUGUCGCUGUCCAUGAAGGAGGUCGAUCAGGAGUCGGGCAGGGACUUGAAUCCCCUCUCGCACACCCCCGAGGAUGAUGACUCGCUGCGGGACCGCAAUCCAGAUGGUCCCUUCAGCAGCAGCACCUCCAUGCUAAAUCUGCAGGGCAACAGCCUGGACGGGGACGAGAACGAGUCAAGGAAGCGGGUUACCAGGAUCUCCAGCCCUGGUACGACGACGAGGCGGACGAACGUUCCCUGUGGAGGUGCUGUACACAAAAGAGCCGGAAACAGACUAUCUGGACGCCUCGCUGAUCACAGUGAUGCGCCCAUCUCCCAGGCAGCUGCCAAGCAAAGGGCCGGCCAUGCCGGACGCACGGGUCCGGGCAAAACCUAUCGUCUGUAGACGGAGCGCGCCUACCGGCUGGGUCGGCGCAUGGCCGAGUUCCCCCUGGAGCCGAAUCUCUCGAAGAUGCUUAUCAUGUCUGUGGCUCUGCAGUGCUCGGAUGAGAUCCUCACCAUCGUCUCGAUGCUGAGUGUCCAGAAUGUGUUCUACAGGCCCAAGGACAAGCAGGCCCUAGCCGAUCAGAAGAAGGCCAAGUUCAACCAGGCCGAGGGCGAUCAUCUUACCCUCUUGGCCGUUUACAACAGCUGGAAGAACAACAAGUUCUCGAAUGCCUGGUGCUACGAGAACUUUGUCCAGAUCCGGACACUCAAACGGUCGCAGGACGUGAGGAAGCAGCUGCUGGGCAUCAUGGAUAGGCAUAAGCUGGAUGUGGUAUCGGCGGGCAAGAGCUCGGUGCGCAUCCAGAAGGCCGUCUGCUCAGGCUUUUUCCGCAAUGCGGAAAAGGAUCCACAGGAGGGAUACCGCACCCUGGUCGACUCGCAGGUGGUUUACAUUCAUCCAUCUAGCGCUCUGUUCAAUCGCAAGCCAGAGUGGGUGAUCUAUCACGAACUGGUGCAGACCACCAAGGAGUAUAUGCGCGAGGUGACCACCAUCGAUCCCAAGUGGCUGGGGGGGUUUGCCCCGUCCUUCUUCCGCUUCUCGGACCCCCCCAAGCUGAGCAAAUUCAAGAAGAACCAGCGCCUGGAACCGCUCUACAACAAGUACGAGGAGCCGAACGCAUGGCGCAUAUCGCGCGUGCGGCUGCGUCGCAACUAAUUCAACCAUUGUCCCAUUUGUCCAUUGUAGAAUUAUUUGUAUUUUAAACACUUAGAAAUAUAUCAAAUUAAGUUUGAAGAUCA